AGCCCCACUCUCCACCGCACCCCAUCCCACCCCCAACCCUCCAGCAGCAGAAUCUGUUUCUGCCCUUGCUGUCAACCGAGGGAAGACCCAGGUGACUGGAUACGCGGCCGGUGACUUGCCCAUGGGGAGUGGGGGGGGUCAGAGAGUAGUGAGGGCAUCGCUCUGAGGGGCGGGUUCAUAUCGUCGGAGGGCAGCGUGCCCAGGCUCUGUGAGGAGGCAAGGUGAGAAGCUGAGGGAGGACUCAGGACCCUCCCUUCCCAGAUAGAGGACCCCAAGUAAUCCAGCACCACAUCUGCGGCUAGCUCCGUCCCACCCCCAAGUCUCCCAUGGCAGAAUCCGUUUCUGCCCCUGCUGCUAACAGAGGGAAGCUCUGGGUGCCCGGAUGUAAGGCCACUGGCUUGUACUUUGGGGAUCAGAGAGUAGCAAGGGCCUGGUUCUGAGUGGCGGCUUAAGAUCAGCAGAGGGAAGUGGGCCCGGGCUCGGUGAGGAGGCAAGGUGCGUGGCUGAGGGAGGACUCGGGACCCUCCCAUCCCAGAUAGAGGACCCCAAGUAAUCCAGCACUGCAUCUGCGGCCUGCUCCGGACCACCCCAUGGGGGCGGACUCCUCAGGGUCGGCCAACCCUCACCACCCCUGCACUUAAGCCCCAGGGGACUCUGGAGUGAGCGCUUGGUGAGGCCAGGGCAGGGCUGGUGAGGAGAGGGCAGGGUCCAGGCUCUGCCAGGCAUGAAGAUCAGGACCCUGAGGGAGGGCUGAGCACCUCCCCACCUCUAACCGGACCACCACCACCAUGACCUACAGCCCCAGGUUCCCCACCCUCAUCCUCACCCCCACUCUCCACCCUCAACUCCGUCCCACCCCCAAGUCUCCCACGGCAGAAUCCUUUCUGCCCCUGCUGCUGACACAGGGAAGCUCUGGGUGCCCGGAUGUAAGGCCACUGGCUUGUACUUUGGGGAUCAGAGAGUAGCAAGGGCCUGGUUCUGAGUGGCAGGUUAAGAUAAGUAGAGGGAAGUGGGCCCGGGCUCUGUGAGGAGGCAAGGUGAGACAACGAGGAAGGAGUGGGGAUGCCCCCACCCCAGAUAGAGGGACCCAAAUAAUCUAGCACCACCCCUGCUGCCAGCCCGGGCCUACCCGGGGGCAGACUUCUCAGGCUGGGCCACCCUUUGCCACCCUGACGCUUAAGCCCCAGGGGACUCUGGAGUCAGAGCUUGGUGUGACCAGGGGAGGGCUGGUUAGCAGAGGGCAGGGGCCGGGCUCUGCCAGGCAUCAAGGUCAGGAUUCUGAGGAAGGGCUGAGGUCCCGUAGAGGGAGUCUCUCUCUGCCCUUGCUGUCAACCCUGGGAAGUUCCGGGCAUGGCGGCCAGGCAAGCGGAUCCUGAUGUCUGCAACUUGGACUGACCGAGGGAAGGGGCUUGGUAUCGUUAGCAUGGCCAACGAUACCAAGAGAACAGAGGGAGGGCCCAGGUCCUGCUGGGAGACAAGGGAGGCCUGAGGGGACCCAGCACCCCAGGACAGUGGGCCCACCCCGCCUCCAUCUGAGACCGAGGUGCCUCCUCAUUCAGUUUCGGAAAUCUGAUGGAUAGAGACUCAGGUCUACAGAGGGGUGGGGCCCAGCCCUCUAGGAGACCAGGGAAGGAAGAAGAGGGAGGGCAGAGGGACUGUGGAGUCCAGAUCAGUGGGGAUCUUGGCUUGGGCGAUCCCGGGCACGGUGGCCGCAUGUGAUGCAUUCUGGCCUGUGGAGUCGAGUGUCCGUGGGGACUGGGCUGUGGUAUGAGGAGUGGGGCUUCAGGUGAGCAGAGGGAGGAGUCUCAGAGCCGUGAGGAAGGAUUCACCAGACCUCUCAUCCCAGAUCUAGGAAACCUGCCCCUGCCAUCAGUCUCGGGAGGUUGCAGGCCAGACUGUGAGGAAGGGAAGAGCCCCCCGCCCCACACUUUCUUAAUGAGAGUCUCAGGGAGAAGUUGGCCUUGAUCUGCAAGACUCCUCUCUGGUUCAGCAAAAUGGAAGGGGCCAGACCCUGUCAGAAGUAAAGAUGACUAUCUAGAGGACACCCAGAUCGAGGAGGCCCCCUGAAACCCACUCCUGUGGUCAGCCUUGGGUAUCCCAUGCAUGAGUGACCAUGUGGUGCCCCCUCACUUCUGACUCCCAGGUCUCAGGGAGGUGGGGGCCUUGUUCUGAGGGGUGUCCUCAGCUCUGCAGAGGGAGCCACACCUGGUCAGCACAGGGUGGAAUCCAGGGUCUUCCAGGAGUGACAGAGUGGAAGUUUGGUGAGGACUGAAGGUUCCCAGGGGACAGGCUGACCAGGAGGACAGGAGCCCCAAGAAGCCCCAGAGCAGCACUGAAGAAGACCUGCCUGUGGGUCUCCAUUGCCCAGCUCCUGCUCACAGUCCCAACUGCUGCCCUGACCAGAGUCAUCAUGGCUCUUGAGCAGAAGACUCUGCGUGGCAAGCCCGAUGAAGACCUUGAAGCCCAAGGGGAAGACCUGGGCCUGGUGGGUACACAGGAUCCCACAGACGAGGAGCAGGAGGCUACCUCCUCCUCCUCUCAGGAGGAGGAGGUGUCUGCUGCUGGGUCAUCAAGUCCUUCCCAGAGUCCCCAGGGAGGCUCCCUGAGGAGUCUGUGGAGCCAAUUCCUUGAGGGCUCCAGCAGUCAACAAGAGGAAGGGCCAAGCCCCUGGGUCGACCUAGCUCACCUGGAUUCCUUGCUCCAAGAAGCAAUGAAAUCUAAGGUGGGUGAGUUGGUUCGUCUCCUGCUCCACAAAUAUAAAGUCAAGGAGCCGGUCACAGAGGCAGAAAUGCUGGAGCGUGUCACCCAGAAUUACGAGCAGUACUUUCCUGUGAUCUUCGGUAAAGCCUCCGAGUUCAUGCAGAUGAUCUUCGGAGUUGAAGUGAAGGAGGUGGACCCCGCCAGCCACUCCUACGUCCUUGUCCCUGCUCUUGGCCUCUCAUGUGAUAGCAUGCUGGGUGAUGGUCAUAGCAUGCCCAAGGUCGCCCUCCUGAUCGUUGUCCUGGGUAUGAUCUUAGCCCAAGACAACUGCGCCCCUGAAGAGGUUAUCUGGGAAACAUUGAGUGCGAUGGGGGUGUAUGUUGGGAUGGAGCACACUUUCUAUGGGGAGCCCAGGAAGCUGCUCACCCAAGAUUGGGUGCAGGAAAACUAUCUGGAGUACCGCCAGGUGCCCGGCAGUGAUCCUGAGCGCUACGAGUUCCUCUGGGGUUCAAAGGCCCACGCUGAAACCAGCUACGAGGAAGUCAUAGAUUAUUUCAUCAUGAUCAAUGCAAGAGGUCCCAUCUGCUACCCAUCCCUGUGUGAAGAGGUUUGGGGGGUGGAGCAAGAGGGAGUGUGAGAACCAGUCGCAGCCAGGGCCAAUGUCUGUGGGGCCAGGGCCACACCCAGCCGUUGUCCUGCCCCAUGUGACGUGAGACCCAUUCUUCACUCUCUGUUGGAAGAUCGGAAUCGGUGUUCUCAGUGGCAGUGGGUGGGGGUGAACACACUGUAUACCGUCUCUGGGUUCCUUGCCUGUUGGAUGAUUUGGAAAUUAAUCUUUGCUCCCUUUUGCAAUUCUUCAAAUGUUGUUUUGUUUUAAUGGUCAGUUUGAUGAAACCCAACCAUCGAAGUUAAUGGAUGACAGCUGUCACACAUACUGCUGUUCAGGUUAUUUAGGAGUAAGAUUCUUGCUUUUGAGUCCCAAGGGGAAAUCCACGUUAUUUUGCGAAUUGGGACAAGAUAAGUAGCAGAUGAGUUAAGAAUUUGUUCUUAGAAACUUGAACUUAGCGGCAAAAUAGAGCUCAUAAAGAAGUAAGGAAAUGAAAGUAUCGUUAAUUCUUGCCUUAUACCUCUUUCCCUCCCCUGUAAAAUUAAAAUAUGCACAUGUACACCUGGAUUCCCUUGGCUUCUUUGAGAACGUAAGAGAAACAAAACUGAAUAAAUAAUUUUUCCUGUUCA